UUUAGAAAGGAAGAAUAGCAGAGGAGCGUCAGUUUUGGGUUUUUGCCGUACCGCUGCCCGGAAGAUUAUUUUUCUUGGAACUGCGGAGCCAACCUUGUGUGGAUAAUCCUCGUGUUUUAUUUUUCCUUGUCUUUUGGACCAUUAUGACUCUGGAGGAAAUUCACGGCCAGGAACCAGUGCCUGAAACGAGCGACAGCAGCACCACUAGCAGCAGCGGCGCGAGCGGAACCAGGAUGCAGAGCGCCGGCAAGGCUCUCCAGGAGCUGCUCGUCGCCUCGCAGCGCCGAGGCUGCCUCACCGCAGGCGUCUAUGAAUCCGCCAAGCUGAUGAAUGUUGAUCCAGAUACCGUGGCUUUCUGUGUGCUGGCUGCGGAUGAGGAGGACGAGGGAGACAUUGCCCUCCAGAUCCACUUCACCCUCAUCCAAGCUUUCUGCUGUGAAAACGACAUUGACAUUGUUAGAGUAAAUGACAUCCAGAAGCUAGCUGCCAUCGUGGGUGCUGGGGAGGAAGCUGGGGAGCCCCGAGAUCUGCACUGCAUUCUCAUUACGAAUCCCAAUGAGGAUGCCUGGAAAGAUCCAGCCUUGGACAAGCUGAACUUGUUUUGUGAGGAGAGUCGAAAUGUCAAUGACUGGGUGCCCAAUAUUGCCCUGCCUGAGUGAUGGAGGCUGAAAAUCCAAUGCAUAGAAGAGGUUCACACCUUUUGUUGCAUUCCCUCGUCCUGGAGUUACACAUCUAGGCAACCCAACAAGUGGCUGAUUCUGGGGAUUAGCCCGGUCAACAGCUUGGAUUAAGUCGCUCAGUCAGCACACAGUGGGAUCUUGUGGAGAAGAGAAGAAAAGAGGGACGGGGAUGGCUUAUGCCAACAGGAAGUCCCCAACUGCAGUGGUAAAGAAGCUGGCAUGUUUGGAGCUGAAGAAGUAUUUCAUAUUUUAAGGAGCAGAAGAAAAAAAAAACUGUUGCAGGUUUCCAAGUCAGAUGAAAUGUUUGUGGUAGCAAAAUAGGGGAGAAAGUUGGAAAACUGGACACAGGUGGCAUGGGAAUGCAUGGACACUGUAAUCAGGAAUGGUUGAUGGGGCACCCAAAGUCCCCAAGAGACUGGAAGCUUAGCACACACUGGUACCAUUGCAUUUAUAUAAAGAUUUUAAUGAAGACUGAUCUGUCAGAGGCCUUUGGACUACAUUUUGCAUUGAAAAUCAAUUUUGCAAUAAUUAUUUUUAAUUGAAAUUGAUGCUGCUAUUGAAGAUAUUAUAUAUUUUAU